UCAUUGCAGUGAAGGCAUUCUAAGGGAUGGAGGGCAGGGCUUAGGGAGGGGAGGCGGUCAGAGUCCUUGAGCCUGGCCCUGGGUGUGAUUGGAGGAAAGGGCUUGAUCCUCCUGAGGGCCUCAGGGCCUGGAUAGGGUGGUGCUCUUGGGACUAGGAAGAGCCUUCCUGAGUGGGCUGGUGGGAAGCGGUAAGUCUUUGAACUGCAGUCUCUCUGCCUUCCAGAAGCCUGCUCUGUGCUUGCAGAUCCCAGAUUGAGAGAGCAUGGCCCCUGGGAGCAGCAGACCCCCAGCCCAGGAGACAGUGACAUUCAAGGAUGUGGCUGUGGACUUCACCCAGGAGGAGUGGGGCCUCUUGGACCCCCCUCAGAAGGAGCUGUACAAGGAGGUCAUGCUGGAGAAUGCCUGGAACCUGCUCUCCCUGGGGCUUCCUGUUCCCAGAGAAGAUGUGAUCUCUUAUUUUGAGCAAAGGGAAGCACCAUGGAUGCUGGAGCAAGCAGGCCUGAGGCGCUGCUGUGCAGGUGAGAUAAGGCUUGAAAUAAAAGAGUCUCCUGCAAUGAUAAGCCUUUCUAUGGAAGAAACUCACCAGCAAAGAUGGAUGAAUAAUGGUCCCUCUGACUUUUCUAGGAGAGAAAUCUGUGCUGUACAUCAGAGGAUCCACACUGGGAAGAAACCAUUUGAAUGUAAUCAGUGUGCAAAGACUUUCACAUUGAGGUCCAGUCUUGUUAGACAUCAGAGAACCCACACUGGAGAGAAACCUUAUGAAUGUGAUCAGUGUAGAAAGAGUUUCACAUGCAAGUCCAAUCUUGUUAACCAUCAGAGAAUCCAUACUGGAGAGAAACCUUACGAAUGUAAUCAGUGUGGUAAGACAUUCAGAAGGAGAUACAGAUUCACUGAACAUCAGAGUAUUCACACUGGAGAGAAACCUUAUGAAUGUAAUCAAUGUGGUAAGACAUUCAGAAGGAGAUACAGGUUCACUGAACAUCAGAGUAUUCACACUGGGGAGAAACCUCAUGAAUGUAACCAGUGUGGAAAGACUUUUGCAUACAAAUCCAUUCUUAUUAGACAUCAGAGAGUCCACACUGAAGAGAAAUCCUUUGAAUGUAGUCAGUGUAGAAAGACUUUCAAAUGGAGGUCCCAGCUUGUUAACCAUCAGAGAAUCCACACUGGAGAGAAACCUUAUGAAUGUAAUCAGUGUAGAAAGAGUUUCACAUGCAAGUCCAAUCUUGUUAACCAUCAGAAAAUCCAUACUGGAGAGAAACCUUAUGAAUGUAAUCAGUGUGGUAAGACAUUCAGAAGGAGAUACAGGUUCACUGAACAUCAGAGUAUUCACACUGGGGAGAAACCUCAUGAAUGUAACCAGUGUGGAAAGACUUUCACAUACAAAUCCAUUCUUUUUAGACAUCAGAGAGUCCACACUGAAGAGAAAUCCUUUGAAUGUAGUCAGUGUAGAAAGACUUUCAGAUGGAGGUCCCAGCUUGUUAACCAUCAGAGAAUCCACACUGGAGAGAAACCUUUUGAAUGUAAUCAAUGUGGAAAGACUUUCACAUACAAAUCCAUUCUUAUUAGACAUCAGACAAUCCACACUGGAGAGAAACCUCAUGAAUGUAAUCAGUGUGCAAAGACUUUCAGAUGGAGGGCCUAUCUUGUUAAACAUCAGAGAAUCCACACUAAAGAGCAAUCCUUUGAAUGUAACCAAUGUGGAAAGACUUUCAGAUGCAAGUACAAUCUUGUUAACCAUCAGAGAAUCCACACUGGAGAGAAACCUUUUGAAUGUAAUCACUGUGGCAAGACUUUCACAUACAAAUCCAUUCUUAUUAGACAUCAGACAAUCCACACUGGAGAAAAACCUUUUGAAUGUAAUCACUGUGGCAAGACUUUCACAUACAAAUCCAUCCUUAUUAGACAUGAGAGAAUUCACACUAGAGAGAAACGUUUUGAAUGUAAUCAGUGUGCAAAGACUUUCACAUGGAGGUGCCUUCUUGUUAAACAUCAAAGAAUCCACACUGGAGAGAAACCUUUUGAAUGUAAUCAAUGUGGAAAGACAUUCAGAAUCAGAUACAAUCUCAUGCUACAUCAGAGAAUCCACACUAGAGAGAAACCUUAUGAAUGUAAUCAGUGUGGAAAGACAUUCAGAAUCAAAUACAAGUUCAAGCAACAUCAGAGAAUCCACACUGGGGAGAAACCAUUUGAAUGUAAUCAGUGUGCAAAGACUUUCACAUUGAGCUCUGAUCUUGUUAAACAUCAGAGAACCCACACAAGAGAGAAAUCCUUCGAAUGUAAUCAGUGUGCAAAGACUUUCAGAUGGAGGUGCCAUCUUGUUAAACAUCAGAGAAUCCACACUGGAGAGAAACCUUAUGAAUGUAAUCAGUGUGGAAAGAGUUUCAGAUGCAAGCCCAAUCUUGUUAACCAUCAGAGAAUCCACACUGGAGAGAAACCUUUUGAAUGUAAUCAGUGUGGAAAGACUUUCACAUGGAGGUGCAAUCGUGCUGAACAUCAGAGAAUCCACACUGGAGAAAAACCUUAUGAAUGUAAUCAGUGUGGGAAAAGUUUCAGAUGCAAUUCUAAUCUUAUUAACCACCAGAAAACGCACACUGUAGAGAAACCUUAUGAAUGCAAUUAGUGUGGAAAGACAUUACACAAGUUCACUGAACAUCACAGAAUCCACACUGGGGAGGAAGCUAAUGAAUGUAAUCAGUGUGCAAAUACUUUCAGAUGAAGGUUCUAUCAUAUUAGAAAACCCACAGUGGAGAGAAAUCCAUUGAAAGUAAUUCAUGUGAAAAAAUUUUCACAUCAGAGAAUCCACACUAGGGAGAAACCUUAUGAAUGUGAUCACUGUGGUAAAGUCUUCCUUGUAAAGUUAGCCCUUUUUUCUCAUCAGAGAAUUCAUAGGAAAUAGGAAUCUAAAAACUGACAUGAAUGAGGAAAGGCCUUGAAAUGGAGUAAAGAGCUUCUUUCACAGCAGAAAAUUCCCUCUGGGUACAAGCCAGCUAUGGACUCAGUGUGAGAAGGCCUUCAGCCAGAGAUCAUUUCUUGUCUUCUCAUCCCAGGAUUUGUACUGAAAAGAAACAUGAAUGUGCUCAUCAGAGACAUGCUUAUUUUCUGGAACAUUGAGGUUAUUGGUAAAGGUUAACUUUUUUGUCUGAUUGUAACAGAGUGGUAAAACAAAGGAAGUUCAUGCAUGGCAACCCUCCAGUUUGUAAAACAAACAAAAAAGGAGGCAUCAUCUCAUGAACUGCAGGAUUGUGUGAAAGAAGACAUCUGGAUGUUCUCAGAAAUAGAAUGUCUUCAGAAUGAGGAAAAGGAUUUGUGUCAGUAUUAUGUCAAGUGGGGAACAAUGUUUGGUGAAGGGAAGACAUCAGCAUUGCAUGACCAAGUGUAUAAAAAUUGGGGUAAUUUAGAGGAAUUUUGUGGUCUCCCACAGGCAACCUCUAUGUAUGGCCUACAUUACAUGUAUGUAUCAGCCUACAUUGAGUCUAUGUGCAUGUGACAAUCAAGAAACUUCUCAUUACCUUGAACUGGUUUCAGCCUCUUGAUUUUUGUGACUCACCAAUCAUGAUUGGUGAUGAGGAAGGGAUUCCCAUGAUGGCCUUAAGGUAGAGCAGAACCAUUGUGGGGGAAAAGCAGCCACUAGUAGGCAGGUAAGAGGCCCUGUGAUUUUUAUCCAGACAUCCUCCCUUGUUUGCUCCUGCUCCUCCAGCCUGGAAGAGGAAUCUCAAUAACUAAAUUCCACAUGACGUGCAUGUGGGCUGAUUGUCACAGGCAAAGAGAACUUCAGGGACUCCUAGAGGAGAUAAUUCUGUGUCUUGGCAAAUCCAAAGGGAGCUUUCCCUUUGGCCUGAUUAGCCAAAGGGAAAAAAGAGUACAAAGAGAAUGAAAACUUUUCUGUGCAACUUUAAAAGCAUAGAGUCUCCCUCUGUUUUUCUAACUGGUCAAGCUGGGUAGGCAGACAAGACAUGAGAGGGGUGUAAAUCGCAUUUCCAAGUCUGCUGAAAUGGAUGGCUUCAUAUACCAAAGACUAAAUUUAUGAUGUUAGGAAGAAAGUGGGGUCAAGAUGGUAAAAUAAAGGCAGAAACUAACCUGAACUUUCUCACAUUCUCCUCCAAACAACUUGAAAUAAUUCCUCAAAUCAAAUUCUAGAGGGGUAGAACCAGCAAGUGUUGGGAUGAAAUCAUUUUUCAAUCCAAGAAAACUUAGGAGACUGGCAGGAUAGGUGGAGGUGGUUGGGCCUGGUGCACAGUGCAGUUCAGGCCUCACCACCAGGACAACAGCAGCAGCUUAGAGAGCUCUCAGCUCAGACAGUUGAGCAACUGGUCAGAAGGAGGUUACAAGGGACCCUUUGCUGGCACAGGGAGCAGGACUAUCUUUACUUGUACAGAAACAAUUUCACAUCUCAAUCCCAGGGUGAAGGGAAGAGGGAAGGAGAGUAUUUGUAACUCAAAAUUCUUUUUAAAAUGAUAAAAUUGUUUUUACAUGUAAUUGGGAAAAAUAAAUAUAAAAAUCAUCACAGAAAAACAAAAUACUGCACUCAAUAUGCCAGGAAAUUUGUAAAACUCCACAAAGGCCACUAGAUUGGAAAAGAUCAGUUUCUGUCUGAAACCUAAAGAAAGGAAACACAAAGCACCCAACAAUUGCACUCAUUUCACAAGCCCCAGAAUGCAGUGUGCCCAUGAGCUUCUCACAAACUUUUCUUUAGAAUAGAUCAUUUUCUUUAA